UGUUGGCGUCAUCCGUACGCCACCCGCCGCUCCUCCGCCGCCGCCAUGGCGCCACCGCUCGUGUCCAAUAUCAAUUCCCAAAUCUGAUGCUAAGCAAAUUCUCGCGCAACACGCUCAAUCCCUCACGCACCCUCCGCUCAAGCGAUGCUCUGCCUCUCCUCCUCCUCCUCCGCCGCCGCCGCCGCCGCACCGUUCCAGCCGGCAGAUCCGGCGUCGCGAGGCGCCAUGGCGUGGCAGCAGCUGAGCUCCCGCACGCGGGGGUUCGAUCACUUUGUCGUGAUCGACUUUGAGGCGACCUGCGAAAGGAAUUCCAAGAUCUACCCGCAGGAAAUCAUCGAAUUUCCCGCGGUCCUCGUCGACGCCGCCACCGGCGGCCUCGUCGCCUCCUUCCGCACCUACGUGAAGCCGCGCCACCACCCGCGCCUGACCGCGUUCUGCUCCGAGCUGACGGGGAUCCAGCAGGAGCAGGUCGACGGCGGCGUAGAUCUCGCGACGGCGCUGGCCAUGCACGACGCGUGGCUGGCGGCGGCGGGCGCAGCCAAGAACCGCCUCGCCGUCGUCACCUGGGGUGAUUGGGAUUGCCGUACAAUGCUGGAGUCAGAAUGCAACUUCAAGGGACUUACAAAGCCUGCUUAUUUCGACAGAUGGAUCAACCUUCGCAUCCCCUUCGAGGCCGCGUUCGGUGCUGGGCGGCGCAACCUUCAGGAGGCAGUCAGGGAGGCGGGUCUGCAGUGGAGCGGCCGCCUCCACUGUGGGCUCGACGAUGCGCUCAAUACGGCCUGCCUCCUCGCCGAGCUGAUGCGGCGGGGAGUUCCCAUCUCCAUUACCGGCUCGCUGGUGCCGCCGCCACCGGAGCAGAAGCCUGAGGUGCAACUUCAGCAACAACUCUUGCCGGCGAAUCACAACUUCCGCUGGUGCGUCGGUGGCGCUGCUGCUACUGACUGCUGCUGCUACUGCUACUGCGGCGUGGCCGUCAGAGCCGACGUGGUGACGACGCCGGGCCCUAUGCAAGGACGCUGCUUCUUCAGCUGCGGGAACUGGACGCCGCUGGGGCCGAUGUGCCCGUUCUUUCUCUGGGCGGCUUGAUUGCCAGCCGUCCAGACUCCAACGCAUCGUCGUCAAUAUGGAAAUGUUGCCACCGCAGGCUGAUGUCACAAUCUUUUUCCUACAGAUAAGCUUCUUUCCUUUGUUUUUUUAUCUGCACUGCACUCAUGUAGCAUGUAUUUUUUUUUACUGAGUUUCCUGGUCUAAAUACUAUCAUCUCUUCUGUAGCGGACUUGAUGGUACUCGGACCACCCAAAGAGGCAGCAGAAAUGGAGACGUACAUCAUCACUUCGGCAUCAGACGUGAUGGCCAAUUGUCAUACCACCAAAAGACUUCGGCAGCAGAAAAGAAGACAUGAUCAAGCUGGUGUCACGUGGUCUUCGGCAAGGGGAUCCUCUCCACCCAGUGCUGUUCAUUCUAGUAAUGGACGUGCUGAAUUCUCUGAUCAAGUUUGCUAUCCAGCAGCAACUUCUGCAGCCACUUGCGGUUCAGCAUGUCACACACCGGUCCUCUUUCUACGCAGAUGAUGCCAUGGUCUCACGCGGAUCGGCAGCAGAAAAGGAGACUUGAUCAAGCUCUGGUGUCCAAAUUGAAUUUGCUUUCCAUCUUGGUUUUUUACAGGGGGUCAGACAGCUAGAGUUGGCUUGUUAGGAGUUUUACUCAAUGAUUAGUUGGGAGUUGUUGCUUGCCUUAUAAAUAUGAAAUCCAUAUAAUUGGAAGAUCAAGUAAUGAAAUCGAUCUAGUUUCCCCUAUCCCUUCUCUUGUGUAGAUGUGUAUAUGAGAUGAUACUUUGUCAAACAUGUCAUUUUUUUUACUUUUCUACAAUUUCUUUUUUUGACAACCUGUCUUCGGAUCAUGUUUUCAAUAAUGUUGUUGCAUUCCUGUUAACCAUUA